GCCUUGUUGCAGGGUCUCAAUGCCAACACAAAGGGCCUUCGUGAAGCCUGCCAGACUGCAGAUAUCCGUGGAAAACGAAAUGGAAUGCGUUUGAACCAGGAGGAACUCCGGGAACUCGUCAAGACAAAGCUUUUGAAUUUGUUGCCACCCGUGAAGUUUCAAGCGUUGCUCCAAUAUGCAUCGUUGGAGACGCACGUUGAGCUUCGUUCCUUUGGUGACGUCUUUGUGGCAGCGCAGGAAGCUGGAAGGAUCAAAGAACUCUUGCUUGUUUUGGGGCCUGGUCAGACCAGCCAAUCAAGAUGCAGGGCUGUUUUCCGUGAUUGGGGCGUGGCGCGGCGCGUUGCCGGUAGAGGUACCGAGCGCUCGGUCGAUGCAGCAAAGUCAGAACUGAUGGGUGUAUGUAUACGUUUUUUGAAAGAAUGCGAACACACUCCCGAUGGGCGUGCUGCAUCCUUGUCUGGGCCACCCGACCGGGGGCCAACCAGUCUCGCGGAGGCCGUGGCGUUGCUGCAGUGCAAUCGUGCUGUGCCUCUCAAGCGCGCAGUGGGCAAGAGACAGGCUUUGUCUGUGGCGCCUGUCGAGCUCAGCCAAUUGUUGGAAGGGUUGCACAGUGGGACAGUGACGAAGAAAGAGCAGGUUCCUUCUAUGUUAGUGGCCGGUUGCAAGGCACACAGGAAGCAUGCUGGUCGGGUUGUCCGCCCGGAGCCGGAGUUUGCCACGCGAGAGGCACACCGAGGAGCUGUGGAGCGUUUCCGAAGCCAUUUGCAGCUUGAUCCGCAAUGUUGGAGUGCCUGUGCAGUGGUGAACAUGCGGACUCCCCAGAGUCUGGAUGCCUUUGUGUGCACUUUGAAGGAUCCCUUACACAGAACAGCCACGCCCUUUGCGAAAGACUUUCGCGAUGUGCACAUCCCGUCCAACUGGGAUGGACAGCACGUGCUUCGACGCAUGGCAGCCAUGGAGUUGCAGAAUGCGUCUGCGGUUGCGCGGCGAGAGGCAUUGCCACUUUUGGAUGGACCUUUGGUGGCGGAGAUCAUGGCGCUGCGAGGUGACGUAGAUGGCCGCAAACCAGUGGAGAGUUUUGAUUUGUUGGUCGCAGCUUUGAAAGAUGCGCAAUGCAGCAUGCCUGACCAACCGGCCUGGUUUCAGAGUGCCUGGGGUGUGAAAGAGCCGGAGCAACUACAUGCCCUUGCGCAAGACUUUGAUACAUUUCUGACGAAGCAUGACCUUCGGGAUCUGUGGACGGAGGCAUCUUUGUGUACUGCUAUGGUGUGGGUGGGCUGGUUUGGCAUAUUGCAGCAUCGGGAUCAAAGAAAGGCAAAGGUAGAGGAAUGGGUCUCGGAAAGCCGUGGUCUGUUCAAAAGUCCGCCUGCCCAGUAUGUAUUGUCAACUCGAAUGGAUACCUAUGCUUUCCCACCGUUUUUCAAAACCGAUGCAGAGUCCAUGUAUGGUGUGGCAGGUGGAGCAGAGUUGCCAAAAGGGUUGUUGCCUAUUUUGACAGCUCCUCGAGUGUGUGAACUGUGUGGAGAUGGAUUUGUGAAUUGGACAGAUCUGUCUGCGCACGUGGACCAGGCGCAUGUGAACUGGGCAGAGUACCGUAAGCGCGUCUUUUGGCAUGCGCAGCAUGAGGAAGCUGCUCCUUGUCAUGGUUUGCCAAUGUCUUGGGCCCGCAAAAGACGCAUCCUUGGAAACGCAACCGCCCAACUGGUCAGCGUAGCCAGCCAACCGUUAGGGGAUGAGUCUGUUUCAGCAGCAGUGAGAACUGCAGAGCCUCGAGCCCCCGAGCGCGAACCUCGUGCCAUGGUGGGAUGCGCUGUGUGCGCAACGAAGGAAUGGACCGAGCGGAUGCGCCGGUGCUACAUGUUUCGCACUUUGCCUUUGGGGAAAGAGGUGCGGGAGGAGAUGGACGAGGAGGAAGCAGCUGAGGCUCAAGCUGGUUCGGCAGAUGAGCAGGCGGGUCGUCGGCGGAGCAACUUGCUUCGAGAUAAGCACGGUCUGUAUUAUUUUGGACCAGCCGAAGAAAUUCAACAGCUUUUGGGAGUGGACAAAUACGCAGAGCGGUGGCCGAAGAUUCCAGUUGCCGAACUACACGCAAGUUCGGUGCAACAUCCGGAUCGCCCUGGCUACCGGUGGCUGUUGCACACACGCAGGGUACCUUUGCGGAAAAAGGCAGAGUCUGCGGUUGCGCGCGCAGAGGCUAGCGUCGCGGAUGCGCACGCGGAAGGUGAAGCUGCGGUUGCGCGCGAGGAUGGUUCCCGGGAUACAGCUGUGGAAGGGCAUCCGCCUUGCGCUGGCAUCGGGGACAGUAACGGCACGGUGUUCCUUUGUCGGUGGUGUUGUCACAGCUUGUGUCACCGGAAACCCACGCCUCCCAAGCGAGCGCUUGCCAAUGACCUGUGGGGAGGCCGCGAGCAUCCGCUUUACCAGAAGCUUCGGGACUUGCCGGCUGCACGGAUGCUUCUUGGACAAGCUCGGGUACUUUACAGGAAGGUGGUGUUGAACCACAAGCAUGGAAGAGAUGCGUGUGAGUUGCAACAUGGCUUGCAAGGCAAUACCACUUUCAUAGCGCAGCCGCGAACUUCAGCCGUGGGGAAGUCCUUGCCGCCUUGCAUGGAGGACGUGGGUCAACAGUUGCAGGUUAUUUUUUCUGUAUCCCGCACCGACGUAGCCAGAGCGAAACCACUGUUGGUGCCACGUUCCCUUUACCUCGAAUGCGCUCGUCUUCGACAACAGCUUUGUCCGUUGUUUCAUGACGUGGAAAUCGAUGUAGCACGAGCACAGGUUGACCUGAAGGAGGAUGAGGCGCCCCCGGGAAUUGUAUCUGCUGCUGUGCGCAUGGAGGAGGCCAACAUGUUUCGACCGAAUUUGACAGGUCCGGCUAGCUCGCGAGCAGCGGACACGGCAGCGAGGUCGCGGGAAGAUGAAAUUGUAGAAGCUGACUUGUUGGAUGAAGAGCCGGAAAAGUUGGAUGCAGAGGCAGAGGGUGAAGAGUCCUGUGCGGCUGCGCAAGGAGAAGCGGGGAAAGCUCCGGUGGAAGAAGCAGAGAACCUCAUUGGACUUGAUGAGGCCGCGGACAACGAUCCUCUGCAGCAUUACGUCGUCCUACAGGAGCAAAUUCGACGUAUACAGGAGGACCAAGCUCGCAUUCAGAGGAAGGAAGAGAAGGCAGAGGCCGCACAAGGUGAUGCUCAAGUGGUUGCUGGCAUGGAACUGACUGCGGCUCGAGAAGCCUGUCGAGGACACGCUUUAGAACUGCGGGAAGUGUGUCGUAGAUUGGCCGACAGACAUGAACAGAGCAUUGAAGCGGAACUGCAACUUCUGGAAGGACCGCGGACGCCGGAUGCCAAUGUGUUGGAAGUGCGGGCGGGACAGCUCCUGUCCAUGUUCCUUCCCGAGUCUUGGUGUUUGGCUUUCACGGAAUUUUUCUUCGGAGAUUGCUUACCUUUUGAUCAACGCAGACCUGUGCGGAUUGCGCCAAGAGCGCUCAUGGCAUGUCUUUUGAAAAGAGAAGAGUUGGAAUAUCACCUUGCAACAGACGCCGUUCCAUAUGCGGCGCGGCCAACGUCCAGGUGGGACAACGCGGAGGUGACAGCCAUGUUUGCGGAUACCGUGCGACGUCAAAGCUUGCUUCUCGCUACAAAAAUGACGUUUCUCAGUCACAAGUCUUUUCAGUUAGACCUGCAAGCAAUCGCAAAGGCAAAGGCCGAGGAUUUCCAGGCUCUGCAACGAUAUUCCACGCUGGGUCAGGCUUAUGCGAGUGCUGGCAACAGGGAUGGACCAGCCAUGAAAGCGCUGAAGCAUCUGCUGACCAGCACUGCUGUAGUCCCAUUGACAGAAGGGAACAAAAUGAAACUACGCCAUUUCGGACAUGCGAUGGACAUGACCUUCGGCCCGCUCAAAUUAUUUUUGACAUGUAAUUUCGCUGAUACCUACAUGCCUUUGACCAUGACAGUGUUCGACCCAAGCAAUAUGGAAAGACUGUGCGAGACUCAGUGGGAUCUCUUGGCAGAACGACCUCUUUUGCCUGCUUUACAGCACAUGCAUCGGGUCGUGGCCAGAUCGCCAGUGACGCAGGCCCGAGUGUUUUUGCUUAUGGAAGAAAUCAUUCUGACACAGAUCCUCGGCGUGCACUCAGCAUACAUCGGGCAACAUUGUUUCGAUGAUCCUGACAUGCCGUCGCGGUUGCGCGUGGCAAAAGAUGACCAUAUGGCGUCCAAUGCCUCUCUCGGCGUUGCCGAUUAUGUAGAAAGUUUGUUGAUGCCGUUGGAGGCGCAGGGCCGUGGCUUUGCUCAUGGACACAAAAAGGUCAUUAGUCUGCCCAAUGAUUCUGCCGCCAAACUGCAGACAUUGUUUGCAAAGGAUGGCCUCGCAAUGCAAGCAGCCGUGAAACAGAUGCGACAACAGAUUGUGGACGCUGUGAGUGUGGUGCAGUAUGACACAGCAACGCUUCCUGCUCAACAACUUGGCGUCGCAGUUCCACCAGAACCUUUCUCGCGACAACAGCAAAGACACAGCCGCUUAGAUGGAGGCGUAGAAGAGUCCGGCGAUCAUCGGAUGCUUUUGGAGGUGACGGAAAGCGAACCGCCUGGACAUAUUGCGUUGGAAAAAGAAAAAGCUUCGCAAGAGCAGCGACCACCAAGACAUGGUUACAAGGAUGUACCGUUGACGGGCUGUCAUCAAUCUGUCAUGCCUCUCUAUCGCUUGCCGGGUGCUUUUGGAACUAUAUGCGAGCCAGAUGACCGGGGACUUUUCCGAGAGCCGCCGGCUGCGGUUGCGCGCCCAAGCAAGGACCAUCUGCUGUUGCGAUCAGAUGCGCAGCCGUGGGUUUUGGACGGUUGUCGUCGGGUCGUUGGUUUGCGGUUACCUACUGGACGUGUUGCGCAGUGGGAAGAUACGUGUGCAGAUGCAGAAGCUUGGGCAAGGGCAUUUGGAAAAGAUGUUCGAGGUCUCUUUUGUCAAAACCAUGACCACAACUGUGUCGCGACCUGUGCAAAAUAUGCUGCAAAACACAUGGGAGAUGAGACAGGCGCACCUCGGAAAACGAAGGCUUUGGAUCCUCGCUCCUAUUGUCGGUUUUUGUUUGUUCGUGUCGUGGAGCUGAAGGUCGGGGACAAGCUGAAGCGUUUACUGCGACGAGGGAAAGAAUUGGUUCGGAAAGCGAGUGUGUUUUACAGCAAUACUCGCAAUGAAUACGGACGCGUGCAAGUAGUUCGCAGACACCCCUUCAGAUCCACUUCCAAUGACCUGUGUCAAGCUUUUGCACGUUGUAAUGUGGAUUUGCAACGAAAUGAUCGUGUCGUACCAAGUGAGGCGCCGGAGUUCAGCCUAGUCGAUUUGAAGCCUGUGCAGUUCUUCUAUGGACACGCUCGAUUGUCUGCGGAUGCGCGGCAUAUCCUCGCAUGUUUGGCAGAAGGGGUGCGAAGCUCGCACGUGUGCGAUUUCUACAUGACCAAAUAUCUCGCCAAGGGUCAGCAAGUUCUUGCAAGUGCCAUUACUCCUGUUCUGCACGGCUUGGAACGUUUGGAUGCAGAGAUUACAGCAGGGAAAAAGAUCUUGGGCACCACCGAGGACCUAGCGCGUGCCAAAUUGCGGCGGAUUUUGUUUAGCGCCAACCGCUCUCAUUGGUUUUCCUCUUGUGAGCUUGCAAUCUUCGUCCUGACUGGUGGGCACAGCGUUGCCACACACAUCGACCGUCCUUUGUUUUUGAGCAAGGUUUUUUACUUGCUGGAAGAAGGCAAACGCCUGUGGAACGGAGCACUGGCCGGCGAUUUCGUGCAAGAGGCGGCUCGUCCAGCUGAUGUGGACGUGGUACAUGUGGUUCCAUUGCCGAGAGAAUCUACCAAACGUUCUGCGGAGCGCAGUUCCUUGGAACAGGACGGUUGUCACUCCGAAGACAAGAAACGACGGAUUUCCGAGUCGAGGUCUACAGCCGCAAGUGGUGAACAUGUUGAAGGAGAUGGUGCGGUUGCGGUGGAUGCAUCAUGUCUUGAAGUUGCGAAGACUGGAGAUGAAGCAUGUGUGGGUGCACCGUGUUGUGAGCGCGUGGACAUGGAGCCGGAACAACCUGGUGUUCGGAUGUUUCGCGCCACUGCUUCAACCUUCGAUGAUUGGCUGCAUCGUGGAUUCUUCCUACAAGAUUUGAAUUUUCACAGUUAUGUCGCGUAUAUUGAAAUCGUUCCUCGCCAACAGGGUAAGUUGGGCGAUUGUUUCCUCUUUGAUGAGCAUUAUCUGAAAGCAAAAACCUACUGGCAGCGGUUGGCUCCUCGUAUGGCCGUGCCACGCGUGGUAGGCGCAGCUUGCAGUCGCACGGACGUAGGGAAUGGUGAAGAAAACGCUCGCUACAAGUUGACCCUGUUUGGAUUGAUGCGUUGUCCCGGAGUGGGUGCCUGUGCUGACCCUGUGAGUUUGGCUGCAGCCUAUGUGUGUAGCCAGCAGACUCAGGAUAUUCGAUUCUCUCCUGCUUGGCGUCUUCGACGCGCGGAAGUGGAAGUUUUGGCCACUGAAGCUGAUCGGAAAAUUCGCAUAGCGAAGAAGUUACCCACACUGGCAGAUACCACGACGUUUCGCUGUCUGGAAGGUAAAGGUUUCACUUGGUGUCACAUUUUGGUUUCCCAAGCUCUGUACCAUGGACAUAACAAACAUGUCUGCGUCGGAACGCAAAAUUUCCAGAAGCUUGUAGUCUGUAUUUCUGCUUAUUUGGCACCAGUCGCGGAUACAUUCGCGGCGGAACAGUUACAUCUGGCUGAGUUUGUUGCGCAUAGAACACGGGACAUGGUGUUCCGCUUGGACAUGCAUACAGAAGCUCGAAACACUGCCAUUCAGAUAGCCAAGGACAAGACGACCGCGAGUGUCGAAGAUGAUACCGCAUCUGUUCGUUCGGAUGAUCAACAGAUCAUGGUCGAGAUCGAAAAUGUCGGUGGUGAACCCGACGCUGUCGAAGAUGACCGAGUGGGUGAAGCGAACGUGGAGCGACCCAUGGCAGGAGGCAUUGAACUCAUGACGCUCCUGCCGCAGGACUGCUAUGAUCCAGAUGCCGUGCGAGCACAUCUGCUGCAUGUCUCAGAGUUGGAAUCCGCAAAGCAGCGUGGCGCCCGGACUUCGGAUGCAGUGCGCUUCAUGUUGGAAGUGGAGAAAGCAUUGAACACAAAAGUGGCACUUUGCCAUGAACACUUUCCCGUGGAGGACUCUGGAGGAUGGAUGCCACAAGCGUCCGUUGAGCUUUUGUUGUCUGCUCAGCAACAACGUGUGGAGUUCUAUCGCAAAAUGGAUUCAGCAGAUGACGCAGCGGAGGAGGCGACCGUUGCGGUUGCGCACGCAGAAGAAGAAGCGGUUGCGCGCUUGGUGGCGGCGGAUCUGCGACUGCGCGGUCCGGCGGCGGUGGCGAAAGUGUUGGCCGACAGAGCCACUUUGAACCGCGAUCAACUUGGCUUCGUCGCCAUUGUUGCAAAAAUUCUGCAAGAUGCCUUUGAAUCACUUCCGCCAAGUGGCGAUGGUAUGCUCGCCAAGGAUCGUGUUCUGUUGCGAUGUCUGCUGGUUGGAGGCGGUGGAUGUGGGAAGACUCGGAUCAUCAACAUGGUUUUAAGACCGUUGUUUGAAGCAGUCUUUGGUGAUGGUUCCAUGCAAGCGCAGGCGCCUUCGAACAAAGCCGCUCGUCAGAUUCAUGGCCGAACCAUGCACAGCGCAAACAAGCUGCGCAAAGAUUCAUCUUUGCGGACCGCGCAUUUGCGUGUUUCCGCAGAGACACGGAAGGCUUUGGAAUGCAACACUGUCCCGCUGGCUGCCAUCGUCAUCGAUGAAUUCUCUCAAUGCAUUGGUCAGAUGCUGCGUGCGGAUGCGCUGCGGAAGUCUUAUGGUCGGCAAAGGGCCCUGGGGCUGGAGCUUCAUCGUUAUGCGGAAUUGGACGAGAGCUGGGGGCGUAUGCCGGUGGUCGUCAUUUCUGGGGAUGAACUGCAAUUACCUCCUGUUCCUUUUUCGCAUUCCUUGCUUGCCAGUGUGGAUGGAACCAGCGAUGAACAUAAAGCCGGCGUGCAUCUCUUCGGUCAAUUCCGUUAUGUGUACCGUCUGCAGACGGCCAUGCGUUUCCAGGAUCCAGUUUUGGAAUGUAUCCUGAGGAAAAUGCGAACUCCGGGUGGUACGUUGUUGACGCAGAGCGAAUGGCAGGCGUUGGUGAAUACCAACAUCAGUGGAUCCGGCGACAGCGCUCGCUUGUCCGGCACUGAGCAUUUUUUCCAAGCUUGCUACACUUGGUCUGUGGUUAGCAUGGCCUAUACCAUUCGCAGUUUUGAAUCAGCAAAAGCAGCGGGCAAGACCUUGUAUGCCACUCGUGCUGUUGACAUGAUCCAAAAUCUGCAGGCCGACAAAGCUGCUGCUAUCGCCCGGGCUGUGGUUGCGCACCCAAACAUGAACGAGACCGGACGGCUUCCUCACUAUGGUCUCUAUCACGUUGGUAUGGAAGUGCGCUUCACUCAGACAGUCGCUGCUCCUCAUGUGGUGGUAGAUACAAUUGGAAUCAUUCGGGGUUUUGCGUUUGCUUCGGAGGAUCGGAGUCGCACUGAUUUGCAUGCAUCUUUCGUCGUUUUGCGACGCUUUCCGGAAGCUAUUUAUGUGGAGCUGCAAGAUGUGCCGCAGAAAUUUCUGCCCGAUGAAGCCUGUCUUGAACAUACACCGCACAUGGACGCCGAGUGUGCUGCAUGCUUGCGGAUGCGUGGCGUGUUUUUGGUGCGACCAUUUACGAAUCAACAAGGUUGGUCGCUGAAAGUGACGAUCCCUGGAUCCCUUGCUACUGGUACAGAAGAAGAGAUCUCUGUCAAGAUUCGUAGGACGCAGAUUCCGUUGGUGACUGUGAAAGCCAGUACUUUGCAUGUGUUGCAAGGUACAACGACAGAUCCUGGUUUGAUCUUUCAUUGGCGCUUCCCUCGUCGACUCCAAGCAGACAUGAGGUGGUUGGCUGCAUAUGUGGCCUUGUCACGUGUGCGCUCCUUGGAUCGUCUGCGAUCUGUCGGUCUCGACAAUAAGAUUCGUGCCAUCUUGGAACAAGGACCUCCAAAUACUUUGCCUGCCGCCGCGCGACACGGUCGGUUUGUGGUCCAAGUAAAGUUUCAAAAGGUGGAAGAGUACACAUAUACCCGGCAAGGCGCGCCGACCAAGGGAAAGCGGUUGCACGUGCUGUUUGCUAGCGCGGAAGAAGGUGCAUAUGUGUCUGGUCGCAUGGUCAUGUGGCAACAGAAGUCUGGCGAGUUGGAAGCUGCGGCUGCGCGCUUCCAGGUGGGUUUGCACUUCGAAAUAAAAUCUGUCGUCUUUCUCCAGAAAGAGGUAGCCGAAUAUAUUCACACUCCGUUGAAAGUGGUUCUGGAUCUGCGACAGACUCACUUCGAUUCGGUUCUACAGGGACAAUUUCCCAACUUUUGCCUGGGCCCACCGACACGUCUGAAAGACAUUCUGGAGUUAACAGAUGGUCGACAACGCUUCGAUAUCACGAGUCUCGUGCGGCUGCGCGGAGACCCGCGUACCGUAACCACCCGGCAGGGUCAACGUGUGGCGCAGGACAUCGUGCUUCGAGACGAGUCUUGUGUGCAAGACGGACAUCGGGCAGAGAUCACCACGUCCAUUUUCGCGGAAUCACAAGCGAAACUGGAAGAAUUUAUUGCUUUGGUGAAUCUGGAAAAGCCGUUGACUUUCUUUGGCUUCGAUGUGCAAGUCCGUGGUGCUGAAAUCAAGGUCACUCCAUCUUUUCAAGACUUUCGCUGUGAAGUGGCUGUCUCCGUCCGUGCGGCUGCGCAGGACGAAAGACAGAACGAGAUUUGGAAGGAAGCAGGGCAGACGCUGACGCAUGAAUGGCAGCCCUCGGUUUCUACGGACUACACAAGCAAAGAAGGCUUUUUAUCCUUUUGUGCUUUGCUGGAUGCGUAUAGCCAACAAGACGCAGCUGCCUUGCAUGGCAAGUUGUUUCAACUCAACAACAUCCAUGUGCCUUACCCACCGGAGCACCACACGGUGGAACGACGUGUGUUUUGGUCCACACGGAUUCGAGAUUGUAGCGGCAGCUUGGAAGUCGCCAUUCGACAAAAGGCAGCCUGCCAGCUCGCCAAAAUCGAUACAGCUGAUCACGAGAAUGCCGUCAUGGAGUUCAAUAGUCAGCAUGGCGGUGACCUGUUAUCGUGGCCUUUGCUUGCCAGUGUCAAGAUCUUGGUCACACUUCGUGGUGACAAUGACUCUGGUGCCACACAGGCGACUGACAGCGUCUCCACGACGAGUUCCUCGAAGCGGAUGCGCUUCUUAGUUGUGGAAGCUUCGGAGCAGGACCUGCAAGCGACGCCCACAAAGGCUGUGCUGGCCGUUGUUCAUGCCUUGAGCCAUGUGCCGUGCAGCGGAGACGCGUUUGCGGCUGCAUUGCUGUCGCAAUUGACCAAGAAUAGUUUUGGCGUUUUUCAAGUGCAGCCAGAGGUUGUGGUAGCGCACCUGGAGACUGGUGCCUUGGAACGCCACGCUAAACGUCGCCGGGUUACUUGUGCGAAGGCCUUGGUGAUGCUUCUUUCGAAAGAACGGACGCAGCAAGAAGCGUUGGGCUCAGACAGUUAUGGCAUUCGGUUGGUGACCAAGAAUGUUCGCGACGCUUUGGCUCCAGAUGCAGGCCCUGUGACUGUGGUGGCAUAUUGUCAGCGACAUGCUUUGAAGGAUUUCAUUUUGGAUCCUCCACGGACUGGAACCAAAACCCAAUACGCUCUGGCAUUGAUCUCCGAUCUGAGCACUACAUCAAGUGAAACCACAUAUGUGGUGGAACAAUUGCAGUUGCUGCAAGAAGGCGAUGCAGAAGCUGCAAUGAUAUGUCUGCGGCGUUUGGAGCAACUGACUGCCUUGAUCGCUUCUCGUCAACAGACGUCGGAUCCCCUACCAGCCUGGACGGACACAUUGGCGGAGAGUGCCUCCCGCAUCGCUUGUCCACGCAUCUCGGCCUAUCCCGCAGGGGACACAUGGGAGAGUCCAGUGAAGGCGUCCCAGGAGGUACCGUUCACGGCAGCUGACACCCCGGGCACAGGCUAG